AUGUCAGGCAAGAGAAGUUAUCAGGACGACCAAUUGGACGUCGAAGAAGCUAACAAGAGACACCAAAUGGUGGACACAUUGUUGCGUGGAUCCGAGGAUAAGGACGGUGACAACGACAAUUCGGUGUAUGAUGAUUUGUUACAAGAUCCAGAGGAAGUAGAGAAGGAAAACAAAGAAAACAGAGACGGUGACAAGGUCGGUGAUGACGAGCACGACGUGGUAAAGGGUGAAAGUGAAGGACAAGCUGCUGAGCAAAGUUCCGCUGAUCAAAACGAUGAAAACAUCAACGUCGACGUUGAUCCUUCUGUCACUGCUGUGGCCAGAGCUGCUCAGCAUGCUAGUCAAAGACGUGAAGCUGGAGAUGAGGAUGAAGAUGAGGAUGAAGAGGAAGAAGAAGAUGAGGAUGAUCACGUGGACAUCGACGAUGUCGACAAGGACCCAGAUGCUGUCAUUGAUGAGGACGACGACGAAGAAGACGAGGAUCAAGCCCAGCGUCGUCGUGGUAAGAAGAACAUCGAGGGAACCGGCGAAUCUAACGAUUCGGAGCGUGCUACGAAAAUUGGAGAAUCCGGAUCAUCAAACGAAACUGCCGGUGCGGAUGGUAGCGGUGACCGUGAAGACGGAUCACAACCGGAUGGUACCGAACACGACGAUGAAGAGAACGGUGGUGCUGGCGCCGGAGGCGCAGCACCACGCAGAGGCAGAAAGCCAGGCACAGAGACCGGAUCCACAGCCUGGAAACAACAACGCAAAGAAUCUCACAAGGAAGUGGAAAGAAGACGUCGUCAAAACAUCAACACUGCCAUUGAAAAACUAAGCGAUUUGUUGCCAGUGAAGGAAACAAGCAAGGCCGCAAUCUUGUCACGUGCCGCAGAGUAUAUCCAAAAGAUGAAGGAAACAGAAACAGCAAACAUCGAAAAAUGGACUCUACAAAAGCUAUUGGGAGAACAACAAGUUUCAUCGUUAACCAGUGCCAACGACAAGUUGGAGCAAGAACUAUCGAAGGCCUACAAGAACCUCGAAGAGCUAAAAAAGAAAUUGAAAGAGGCUGGUAUCGAAGAUCCAACCGAAGAAGAGUGA